UCGAUUGUCAUAAAUGUCAAAAUAUAAACAAACUGUGUUGUCUUAAAAAUAAUAUCUGUGUUGCAGUUUUACUAAAUAUAAUAGAGUCUGACAAUGAAGCUUUGUCGCGUUUGCCUGGGAAGUUCCGAGAACAUGGUAAACAUUUUCGAAGGAGCAGGAGCACACAAUCUGGGAAUUUCUAUUUCUGUGGCGUAUAUGAUAUCUGAAGUCACUGGUUUUAAAAUUGAAAAAGGAGACUCCCUUCCGUACUGCAUUUGCCCAACUUGCCUGGAGGAUGCGCAAAGUGCAUUUAAGAUUAUUAAAACCUACGAGUGCAGCUCCAAUAUCUUUUGUAAAGCAAAGAAUGAAGACUGCGCUGACAAGAGAUCAGGUUCUUCAAGGGCAACCUUUCAGGACAAAGUGAAGAAGGAGCCCAUAGAAUAUGAUGCCAAUGGAGAGAAAGAUUCCAAUGAUAGAGUAGAGACUGAGCCCAUCGUAGAACAUGCUAUUGGAGAGCAAGAAUUCAAGGAAAAUAAUAGCAACGACGCCGUUCGCCCGAAGAAAUCGCACAUGUGCUCCCACUGCCAAAGGUCCUUUUCGUAUCCUUCACAACUCAAGCGCCACAACCUCGUCCACACAGAUGAACGACCAUUUAAAUGUAGUGAUUGCCCGAGUGCCUUCAAGGAAAAAUCCUACUUAUCGGUGCACAUCAGGAUUCACGCGGGGAACACGCCGUUCAAGUGCACCCAUUGCCCGCUGGCCUUCGAGCGAGAAUCCGGCCUGAAGAAACACACCAAGAUUUACACAGGAGGUCGCCCAUUCAAGUGCUCCCGCUGCCGGAAACGCUUUCUAACUAAAACUCAUCUUAAACGCCACUUCAUGCGCCACACGGGAGAACGACCGUAUCCAUGUGCCCAUUGCAAUAAGGCUUUCAGGGAUAAUGCUCAUUUAAGACGUCACAUAAGACUGCACACUGGAGAAAGACCCUUAAAGUAAUCCCAAUGGCCGAAAGCUUUUACCGAAAAAGACUGUUUGCAUGCACACUUGCUGAUCCAUGAUAGGACAGCAUUGAAAACAUAAUUUUAAUCAUACUAAUUAUAAAUAAUAAUAAAAAACUUAAUUUUAAUCAUUUUA